GGCCAUUUCCUUUGUCGUCUUCCGAAUUUUUGGUGCGUUUUGAGGUUUAGACGUUUUUAUCUCGGACUUUUAUAAUUACUUUUUUAUGUUUACGCCAAAGUCCAAACGCCGUUUCAAAAUUCAAGCCAAGUACCGUAGUACGCAACAACGUGUUUUUUCUCCGUUUAUUGCUCCGAGACUUAGGAAUUGGCCUACAGUUGGCCAAUUAUUGUGCACCUCUACGGUUUUGUGUACUAUUUGUAAAUCACGUCAGUUAGAGUCUGGUUCUUAAGGCAGUUUUAAAUAUCAAUAUAUCGUUUUUGCUGAAUGCCUGAAUCUAUCGUACGACAAUACAACAAACUACUCCAUAAACUAUGUUGAUGUCGUCCAACCAUAAUUAGCCGGAGGUAAAGUUGACCAACAACCUUAAAACGCCGACCGAAUCAACCUGGAUCCUCUACUUUCAAAAAGUGAAUCUCCGAAAAAGCAAUGAUUCUAGUGAAACUGCUAACCGGUGACGACGACGAAAAUAUGGGCUACUCUAAGAGUAUUGCGGAAUGGGCAGCGAUUGAAAUCCAAGGAGAACUCGAAUCUCGUCAUAACACUCCUCUGGAGUGCCAAUAUGUCGGAGAUCUGUUCGCCACCGUUAAAGACAACGUGCCCAUAUUAAUCAUCGGCCAUCAUAUCCUUUACGGGAAAAUGGAAACUUUUGCCAGGCCGUUGGCCGUGAUGAAGAAAGAGGUUAUUUCCGGGGAAAAAGGAGAAGGUGGGGAAUACACGGUGGUAGCCGUGGUCACUAAGAAACUGUUGUUCAAAAAUAGACCGAAGCCCAUUAUAGCCAAUGUUAACAAGACUUAAAACUAAAUGCUUUUUGGUAUUUUUCACUUAUUUCGUUUUAACUUUGUAACGUGUACAUCGAAUUACUCUCAGUAUUUUAUGUUCAAUACAUACACAUAACUAUAAUUAAAAAAUGUUCUGAUGUUCAAGUAAAUUGAUUUUAUAAUUAUUAUCUUUUUUGGCAUAUUCUAUAAUGUAAAUAUUUUUAAACGCCCGUUACUCCUUAAAAUUGUACACGAUGCAACAAAACAUGCAGCCGUGAAGUUUGCCAAUGCCAAGGCGCUCAGGCGUUUUACGGCUGUACAUUUAUUUGCCUACCCUUUAUGCCGCACGCUAUACGAUUUCAUUAUUUAUGAAUACAAUAUAAUAACCUACCUCAA